GUGGAAGGAAGCUCUGCCAUCUGUGAGCAGCCCCGUCCGCUUGCUCCGUCACGCCCUUUGUACCGUGAACUUGGCAAAUGUUUUAUUUUCUUCUUUUCUUUUUUUUUUUUUUUUUUUUUUGCUGAGGGAGGUGGGGGGAGAUGUGCUGACUAGUCACAGCGGGACUCCGACUCCUCUCCCUUCAGUUCCUCGCGUUCCCUGGGGAGCAAACCCUGCUCCACGCCAGGACAGGAGAGCGUGGCGCACCGAGCCUUGCUCUCCAACCACACUCAUUCUUAAAAGCAAUUUUGCCCGCCGGCAAAACCUUCCAACAUCCUGCCUGCAGGACGGCGAGAGGGAAGCGAUUCAGCCGAGCUCCGAGCCACCUUCCUCAGCGGGAAGGGGAAGAUGCGUGCGGCUCCGCGGAGCUCGGAGGAAACCCUCCUGCUCGUGGCUCUGCCCUGAGUAAUUGGGGAGCGACUCGGGGAGGCAGCGCCGGCUGCCAUGCGGUGGAGAGAGCCUCCUGCCAUCUACUUGGAGGACUGCGGGAGUCCCGUGGAGAGAUCCUCCUACCUCAUCGGGCUCCCCACCGACGAUGGAGGUAGCUAUGACGUUAACCACGAUGCCUCCAGCCCUGCUGCCGGGGACUGCUGUGCACAGCAAAGCUCUGCCCGCCACAACUGGGAAAUGAACUACCAAGAGGCAGCAAUCUACCUCCAGGAAGGAGAAAACAACGACAAGUUCUUCACUCACCCCAAAAAUGCCAAAGCACUUGCUGCCUACCUCUUUGCACACAAUCACCUUUUCUACCUGAUGGAGCUGAGCACGGCACUGCUGCUCCUGUUGCUGUCUCUGUGCGAGGCGCCAGCUGUUCCUAUGCUCCGCCUUGGCAUCUUCGUCCACGCAACCCUGGAGCUGUUUGCGUUAAUGGUGGUGGUCUUUGAGCUCUCCAUGAAGAUGAGGUGGCUGGGCUUCCACACCUUCAUUAGGCACAAGAGGACGAUGGUGAAGACUUGUGUGCUGUUUGUGCAGUUCAUCGAGGCCAUCGUGGUGCUGGUGCGCCAAACCUCGCAUGUCCGCAUAACGAGAGCUCUGCGCUGCAUCUUCCUGGUGGACUGCCGCUACUGCGGCGCCGUCAGAAGAAACCUGCGACAGAUCUUCCAGUCCCUCCCACCGUUUAUUGACAUUCUUCUCCUCCUGCUUUUCUUCAUGGUGAUCUUUGCCAUCCUGGGUUUUUACUUGUUUUCUCCUAACCACUCAGAUCCGUACUUCAGUACUUUAGAGAACAGCCUCGUGAAUCUCUUUGUACUUCUGACCACUUCAAAUUUCCCUGACGUGAUGAUGCCAUCUUAUGCCCGGAACCCUUGGUCCUGUGUCUUCUUCAUAGUGUACCUCUCCAUUGAGCUGUACUUCAUCAUGAACUUGCUUCUUGCUGUGGUGUUCGACACGUUCAAUGACAUUGAGAAGAGGAAGUUUAAGUCUUUGCUGCUGCACAAGCGCACGGCCAUACAGCACGCCUACCGCUUGCUCAUCACCAAACAGAGGCCGUCUGGAAUUUCCUUCAAGCAUUUUGAAGGGCUGUUGCGGUUUUACAAGCCUCGGAUGUGCACCCGAGAGCGGUAUCUCACGUUCAAAGCACUGAAUCAAAGUAAUACUCCAUUACUCAGUCUAAAGGAUUUUUACAAUUUCUAUGAAGUUGUUGGCUUAAAAUGGAAGGCAAAACGAAAUCGCGAGCACUGGUUUGAUGACCUUCCCCGGACAGCUUUCCUUAUUUUUAAAGGCAUCAACAUCCUCGUGAAUUCCCGCGUGUUCCAGUACACCAUGUAUACUGUGGUGGCUGUGAAUGGAAUUUGGAUUCUUGUUGAAACCUUCAUGCUGCAAGGAGGGAAUUUCUUCUCCAGAAACGUCCCGUGGAGCUACAUAGUCUUCCUCACAAUCUAUGGCGUGGAGCUGCUCCUGAAAACCACUGGGCUGGGGCCUGUUGAGUACCUGUCUUCAGGCUGGAAUCUCUUUGACUUCUCAGUCACCCUGUUUGCAUUCCUGGGGCUGAUGGCGCUGGCGUUUAACAUGGAGCCGUUCUACUUCAUCGUGGUCCUGCGACCUCUCCAGCUGCUGAGGCUCUUUAAAUUGAAGAAACGCUACAGGAAUGUCCUGGACACCAUGUUUGAGUUGUUCCCCAGGAUGGCCAGCCUAGGUUUAACCCUGCUGAUCUUCUACUACUGCUUUGCCAUCGUCGGCAUGGAAUUCUUUGCUGGUGUGGUCUACCCGAACUGCUGCAACACAAGCACUGUUGCAGAUUCCUACCGCUGGGUGAACCACACGGUUGGCAACAAGACGGUUGUGGAAGAAGGCUAUUACUAUCUCAACAACUUCGACAACAUUCUGAACAGCUUUGUCACCCUGUUUGAGUUGACGGUUGUCAAUGACUGGUACAUCAUCAUGGAAGGGGUGACAUCUCAAACCACUCACUGGAGCCGCCUGUACUUCAUGAUCUUCUAUAUUGUGACCAUGGUGGUGAUGACUAUCAUCGUGGCAUUUAUUCUGGAGGCUUUCGUCUUCCGCAUGAACUACACACGGAAGAACCAAGACUCAGAAGAAGACAAUGGCAUUGUGCUGGAGAAGGAGAUCUCCAAGGAGGAAGUGGUCGGGAUAAUUGAGCUGUACAAGCGGAGUUCAGCUGCCCCUGAAACUGCUCAGCUGCAGAAAAUCGUUUUGCAGAUGGACAAGUAUGGGCAAAUGUCAGCCACGUUUCUGGGACGCAGAUCAAGGACCAAGAGUGAUUUGAGUAUGAAGAUGUAUGAGGAGGAGAUACAGGAGUGGUAUGAGGAGCACUCCAGGAAAGAGGAAUCUCAGGCACCGUUGCAGGAGUCUGCGUCUGCUUCCAACAGCUCUCUGAAGCCCCUGAGCCUCCGACAACGCUCCCAGACUGUCAUUUAGGCCUAGCUACCGCGAGCUGCCUUCUAUGCAAUAACCUAGAGUAUUCACAGCGUAUAUAUCGGGAUGGUGUACAUAGACCUGUUCCACAUGCUGGUUGGCUUUAGGGUUAAAAGCUCUUCCCCUAAGCAGUGAAUCCCUGAAAAAACAGGGGGACUCUGUGUAAGACUGCUGCAACCAGAGUGAGCGUGAUGCCCACACUUGGCACAGAGCAUCCCAGACAGAACAGAGACUUCUCCCUCCGAGCUGCUUCCCAGGCUCAAGCCUGCUGUUUGUCUUGCCACUAACAGACCUGAGGGAAAGGUCCGUGUAAUCCAUUAACAGGAGGAAAUGCGCUUAAGCCACCUGCUUACUAUUUAAAAGAGGGAAAAACAAAUUGCCCUUUUUGAAGGUCUGCUUCGCUUAAAGGGUACCGUUAACCUAGGAAUAAAAGAAGGGGAGUGGGUUUUUUCUUCUCCCCCAUGUGUUAUGCAAAACAAGGGAGGGUGGUAUGAAAUUUCAGCACUUUUGGAGAUCAGGCUGCCUCUCCUCUACCUUUUAGCACCGCUAGGUGCACUCCCAGUAGCAGAUCCAGCUCUGCACGUCGAACCGAGGGUCUGUAGCUCGCUGCAUCGUGACCCUAGGUGGGACGGGAACUUGGGGAGACAAACUUUGCUGUAGCUCUCCAACGCCUGCACCUCUCCUGGCUGGUUCUGCCCGUGGUGCUGCCCAGGAUCAGGAUCACCUCCGUAGAGCCCAGAGCUCUCCUCUGCGGCAGGAAGGGUGAUGCUGCAGGGUGAUGGUGGCUCUUGACCCCUGUCCCUUGGCCACCUGCUUUGUCGAUGGAAAAUCUGCGCUCCUUAGCUCAGACAGAUGACUAGGAGGAAAGGGAGGGUUUCGCAGCUCCCAGUCCGUGACUUAUUUCUGCUUGGGUCUGGAUUAAGGAGAGCCAGGUCAGGUUAAGGAGAGGAGCGUCAGAUUUUAGGAAGCUCUGUGAAGAGCUUUACUGCUCCCUUGGAUUCUGGAUGCAGGAGAAACGUGAAAGAUGUUUCUUCUCACCUGCCUGCUUUUCAGUGUGAGCUGCCAGACCUGGUAGCUGAGGGAGGGGGAAGAAAAGGGCUUGCUUCCCAGCUCUGCCACAUUUAUGCUGGGAUUGUGGCAGGUAGCUUCAUCCCUCACGUUUCGUUACCUGUACAGUGGUGAGAACCUGUCUCUAAGUCCCUUUUUUAUUUUUUAAUCCCCUAACCACAGAAAGUGCUGAGGGUUAGAAGCUAGGAGGUUCCCUUAACCCUUGCUUUUUGAUCUGUUCUCAGCUUUGGGUGAUGAGUAGACGGAGCUGGGGAGGCUUUCUCAAGACUUCGAUGAACGUGGUGGUGUGGGAUGUGUCCCCAGUCCCUGUGUGCCACGUACCUGGUGUUUCCUUGCAGUCUCACCACGUAGCGCAGGACAGAGGGAGAGGACUGAUCCUGCCGGGGCAGCUAGGGAGCGUUUCCUGGGGAAGGACGAGACUGAAUAGCAGGCAAAGCGCUGUGUGCUCCUCGCUUCUGCCUGGAUAAAUGCCCUGGGUGCCUCGGGGCAGCUCCGUUUCCUUUCUGGGUACUGCAGGUGCUUUGCUAUGAAACCACUUCUGAGCUGAACCGUGAAGGACCUUAAAGGGCUGUUUUCCAAACCGUAAAUGUGACCACGAGUUAACGAGCAGCACAGCGUUGUGGUUGCUCUGCACGGAGUCGCAGCCUGGGAGAUUUAUCCAGAUUAGUCCUGGGGCUGGAAGAGAUGUUUCUAGGUGUGGGGCAGGAUGAAUGAGCAGUGUGAAGGUCACAAAACCAACUGGGGCUGUGUUUAAGUUCCACAUUACCCCUGCAGUGCUGUCAGUGACGGGUUUGGGGCAUUUUCUGGGUUUAGGACAGACACUUUCUGGGUGUGAAAGGAGCCGCACCUUUAGGCUCUGCUGCAGGGGCACCGACCUGCCUGACCUACAGUAAUGGGUCUCACGUCCCGGGGUUUGGGGCUCGGAUGCUGCUUCCCUGGUCUCGUGCUGAGAUGUUGAUCCGCCCCCAUGUACACUGUAUUAUUAUUUUUUCUUAAACUAAGGAGGGCCACAGAAGUUUACUUCUUCCGCAGGACCUUGUCUGGAAGGAAAAGAAGUUUGAGUACGGGGCAUCCCCUUCUAUUUAUCCUCCUCUUCCCCCCUUCCCCACAGACUAACGACGGAGACAAUCAUUGGGUAGGGAACGAGGGAGGAAGCACGGCAGGAUUUUUGUACGCUGGCGUUUUGUUUAUAAAGAUGAUUUUAUGGACAAUGUCUGUAAAUGUUCUCUAGAUUUUUCAAGCACACUAAUAAAGAGCAUCCUCAGCUU